CCGGCCGUGUACGACACCCAGCCGCACUUCAUCACGGUGUACGACAUGCAGAGCGGCGGAGUGACGUGGCAGUUGCCGCUGACACCGGGGCCUGAUGCUCUGCAGCCGCCGCGAGCACCGCUACCGCCACUGCUGGCGCCGCUGCCAGGGGCGCCAAGGGCGGCGGCGGUAGGGACAGGGACAGGAACAGCGGGUCAGGUGACCCAGGGGUCGUUGUCGGCUGCGGAGCAAGCGGUGGCGUUGCAGGGCCUGGCGCGCGGCGGCGUUGUGGCGAUGCAGUUCAGCCCUCAGGCGGACCACCUAGCCGCACUGGUGCUGCCCGGCUACUGCCCCCACCACCACGGCAGCCCCGCCAGCUGUCCGCCCGCCAGCUGCCACCCCGCGGCGCUGCUGGUGUUUCCGCUGCGGCUGCCCUGGGGCGAGCAGCUGCGCAGGCGCCUGCCGGGGGGAGGCGGAGGAGCAGGGGCGGGAGGAGGUGGAGGGGCGGCAGGAGGGGCGGGCUUGCGGCCUGCGCUGAUGGUGCAGCCGUGCCGCUGCUGGCUGCUGCCGGGGCUGAGGGAGCUGCUGCGGCAGCGGCGGCAGCAGGCAAGGCAGGAGGAGAGGCAGAAGCAGGUGGAGGAGCAGGACGAGGAGCAGCGAGAAGAGGAGAAGAGGGUGGAGGAGCACGCAAGGCAGCAGGAGUGUAACCAACUGCAGGAGGAGGGGAGUGGCAUGGCUAGGGCUGG